CCUAACAUAGUCCUUUUUUAGGCUUUGGAAUUGACAGCCUGUUUUUGCUUUGUACCACUGUGCGUAGAUUGAUUAUUUGCAUUUACUUUUGGAAAAAAAUUUACAGGUUGCGGCAUUUGGCCAGGAUGCCUCAAAUUCCCAUUCAAGUGAUGCCCAAAGGAAUUCUCAACGAAGGGGGGACAUGCCAUUUUAUAAGCGUUCUCCAAGCUUUAAUCUCCGUGGAGCCUUUUAAGGCGAUAUUCGAAAAUGGUCUUGCUGGUGUCCAUGAGUUGGGCGAUUGCAAAGAAAUGGACUGGCAGUUUUCUUGCACCUUGUGUGAACUCCAUGAGUUCAUGAAGUCAUACCAAAAGGCUGAUUCAAAAUGUGAUCCCAUGCGCCUCGUAUAUGCAUGGUGGUUCAAUCAAGAUGAUAUGGGGAGGAUACAAUUUGGUUACGGCGAUUUUUGGUGGAAUUCUUUGAACAGCCUCCUCCUACAACUCCACGAGGAAGAUAAGCGAUCAACUAAUGCAUGCGGCACCGAUUUUGGAUGCGUGUCUCACUUCCCAUUCAAUGGGAUAGUAAGAACUACCUUCAAGUGUCCGCAAUGUGACCAAUUUCCAUCUUCUAUGAUGCGUCCUUUUAACUACUUGGAGCUAGAACAUGGUCGGACAGUUGAAGAGGGUUUGAAAAAUUAUUCACACAUGGCUAUGCAAUCGGUGGAUGGUUCCGAGUUCUCACACUGCAGCCAUAAAGUCUUGUGCUACGAACUCAUUCAAAACUACCCUAGGGUAUUGUGUUUGAAAGUUAAGGACAAAGAAAAUUAUGAGUUCGUGGGUGACAACAUAAUUCUAGACAGUAUUAAAUACAAAGAUGAGCUUGAUUUUGGUUGCAUUAAAUAUGAACUGAAGGCCGUCAUCAUUCAGACUGCAUGGCUUGAAGAUGGUGAAGAGGCCGGGCACAUAAUGGCCCUUACCAAGAUCAAGCAUAAUGGUCAAAAUCAAUGGUUUUGCUGUGAUGACGAGAGCGUUUCUAUCAUUUCCAAGAAAAAGAGAAAGGAAGAAUCAGCUACAGGCCUAUUUUAUGUCCGGGCUGAUUGGGAAGCUACGGACGAAAAUGACAAAAAACAGCAAGAGAGAGACUAUGAAACUGAAAAGCAUCGGAGCAAAGAAAUCAACAGGAAAUGCUUGAAAAGGAAGACGCCCGAUUUCAGGAAGUAAUAUGUUGCUGCAUUACAGAUUCUCAAGCUAUGAAGAAUAUCAUGUAGAGUUUUGCUUUUGGGUGAUCAAGAAUCGUCUCUCAAGUUGUACCUAACUACGGAGUCGUAUUUUCUAAUGGCAUUUUGUUUUUUGGAUGAUCAAGAAGAGUAGUAUCGAGCAUCCUUUGGAACCGUCAGGAUUCAUCAUUGCUUGUACCUACAAUUCGUCUGGCGAAAUCCUCUGAGAACUCACUGUGCUUCAAAACAAAGGAAUGUUAGUAAGAAUUGAGGGUAUUUUAAAUAAAGCAAAGGCAAGGUA